AUGGGAGCUUCCCGGUUCCUCGUAUCGUUUCUUACGGUACUAAGCAUCACCGGAGUCGCGAUCCUGAGUACUGCUCAAUACGGCAGAGCUGUUGUUUUUGCCAAGCGAGCCGGCCGUAGCCGGUGCACGCCUGCAAGCGUGUCUCGUAUCCCGACCGUUUUCUGCGGAUGGACAUCUGCUGCUGUCGGAAACCAGCCAGCCCGGCGUCACGUGUGGCGCUGGACAAAAGCGACUGGGAAUCUGGCGUCGGCGAGCGACGAAGUGUCGUCACUCUAUCGUGAUAUCCUUCAGAAGCCUGACCCUCGUGGCUACCAGUAUAGGCAGGCGCCUCAUCUUCACCUGGAUGCCUGCUUCGUGCCCGUGUUACCAGCUGUUCCAUGGAGGCAGCGAGAUUUUCCGCCGUCUGCUAGGUCUCUUCGUGGGCCAGUCGUGCCUGCUGGGCAUUGGCCCCAAACAUUUAAAAAAGCAUUAUCCACAACUUUCUUCAGCAAUGCGACUGGUCAACAAGAUGUCAGUACGAUAGCUACAGCCGGCACGGGACCGCAAGGGGUCCCGGGUCUCCACGGUAAAGCGAGAUCUGAAGAGCAGUUUCCAGGUGGCGAUAGUCCGAGAAAUGGUCCGGCUUGCCGGGGGUCACCUUUCGGCGACAGGUUGGUUUUCCCGAGGCUCGGCGUGUUUCCAGACUUUGUGGACUCUUUGUCAAACUUCAAUGUUAGGGAAGCGACAGAGAUACAGCAACUAUCAAUCCCAGCUAUAUUAGAGGGCCGCGACACCGUGAUCGGAGCCGAGACCGGGAGUGGAAAAACGCUAGGUUAUGUUGUAGGGUUGGUGCAGAACAUUCUCCUUCAAAAAAUGAUCCAUGAAAAGAAGGAGGACGCAGCGGUGCUGCAGAAAACAGAUCUCCCCAUUCCGCGGCAUCAUCCGUAUGCUGUGGUCAUAGUUCCGACCAGAGAGCUUGCCCUCCAAGUAGUGGCCUGGGCUCGUCGUCUUUGCCGAAAGACCACAAUAACUGCGCAGUUGAUGCUCGGGACGUAUGCACGGUGGCCUUUUGGCACGCUGGCAAUUCCAACAUCACCCGAUCUUGUGGUAUGCACUCCACCUGUUCUGGCGCCGUUUGCAAAGGGGGGGCAUACCAAAGACCUGACUCCGUUCCGAGAGAUCCAGAUGGUUGCCGUGGACGAGGCUGACAUGCUCCUUGAGGGUGGUUACCGGCAAACGAUGGAGGGCAUCUUCACGGCUUUUCGCAGGGCAGACCGGCAGUGCACUGCAAAAGGACUACGGCGGACACAGUACAUCUUUACAGCUGCGACCAUACCCGAUAGAGGACCAAAGUCUGUUCGAAAGAUAAUCAGUCGUCUGUGUCCAAAGGCAACCUUCUUCUGCACUGACAACCUUCACCAACACAGGCAACUGCUGGAGCAGGAGUUCGUCGAGGUCUCGUCACUGGCACCAGAUGAAGAGCGGAUACAUCUUCUUCUGCGCAGGUUGAAGGAUCUUGGAGGGCAUGAAAAGAUUAUGGUUUUCUGCAAUACGGCACAAACGGCGCGGAGAGUAUUCGAGGCCUUGGAGAAGGAGCUACCAGCUGCGAGGCCCAAGCUCUUUUCCUCAGAAAUGGACCAAAAAGACCGGUCGUUUAACCUGGGCGUCUUUGCGAGGGGGAAAAGCAAGAUCCUUGUCUGCACUGACGCAGCAUCACGAGGACUCGAUAUAGCUGGUGUAACUCUUGUGAUACAGUACGAUUUUGCGUUGAGCGCUAUCACCCAUCUGCACCGCGUCGGACGCGUUGCGCGUGGCGGACAGCCUGGCAAGGCCCUGAACUUUUUUCUUGACAGCCAGAAAGUGCUAGUGGGUGUCAUUCGAAAGGCAGCGGAAGAUCCCGUCUCUACAUCUGUGGCAGAUGCUUUCAGUCGGAAGCGUUCUUUCAGGAAAAAGAUGAGGGAUAACCAAAGCUUAGACGGUCAGCGUGAAGGAACCAGUGAGACAGUUGGAUCCCCAAGCACCCUUCAUCAAGGCCAAGGUGUGUGUGGCAAUCGCAAAGCAGAAGAACAGUCCACUUCUGACCAGUUCUUUGCGGAGACUAGCCCCGACGCAGCUUGCUGA